CGGGAUUCGCUCUACAACAUUUCGAUGCCUUUCAUUAACACCCCCCUAUACUCCCCCUAUCUCAUUAUGUUUACUUCUGAUCAAUGGUUCCAGGUUGAUGAAACUGCCAAUUGCCCAGUGGGUUGAGCAAAGACCAAAUUUGUGCAAGAUAUCCAAGAACCAACAUUCCAGCUUCGGCAUCUCUUGACCACCGUGAAAUACACCACCGCGAGUAUCAUCAUCCUACCGGACACCCGCUCUGGAUGUUCGGCAUCCAAUUCGAUGCCGCGGGCAUCUACCUCGUCGGCACACCGACCGAUCAAUUCCACGUAUCCUUCGAAGAAUUAAUGUCCUCAGCAGGAGGCAUAAUCGGACUGCUCGAAUACGGUCUCACCUGGAAAGUGAUACACGCUGUGCUAAGCCGAAUUCGACAUCGGCUCUGGCAGAAUUCGAGAACGUCACUCGAUACGCCUCCUCCACUUUGGAUUGACAAUUCUGGUCCGGCGUUGUAUGAAGUCCGGCAUGGACUCGAGUGUAUUCGAGUCAGUCCCCAGGAACUGGAGAGUUCUCGAUUUGGGAGGGUUAUCAAAGAACAUUGGGAUAGGGGGAUGACGGGGCCGAGUACUAAGUGGGUUGUACAAAUGGCGUUGGAGGCUUUCUUUAUAGGGAUUUGGAAGAGUCUGCUUCGGAGAAUCAGGUUGAGGAGGUUUUGACGAUGGGAAUUAAGAUAUUUUAUGGUACUGAAGCUUGUUUUGCUAGGCGCAGGGGGGUCUUUGCUUUUGCUAUCGCUUUAUUUCGUUAAUGGGUGUUCUUGUUCCUUCUCUUUAAGGACUGAUUACUAUGACUAUAUGUACAUUGAUGUAGUGAGCUUCGCUAGGGCUACGGGCUAGGAAGACAUUUGUCUUAG